UUUAUAUAAUGUCUAUGCUAAAAGAAAAUAACAACAAUGCGGCAAUGUGCCAUGUGAUUUUACUAUUCGAAAUAUUGCACUGAAAAUUAUUUUGAUUACGUUGGAUCACUGGUAUGCUUUCGAAUUUGAAAAACAAUUUUAGAGUAAGUGGAAGAACAUUAGCCGUUAUCAGGCGAAAUUAUGUCAAGAGGAAAUAUCCAGUUAACCGCGAGAAAGAAAAGACUCUUCCGAUCUUUCAGUAUCCAUUAAAUACUGACUGGGAUAAACGAGUGUAUGCGUGGGGCUUAUGUGAACACGGUGCUUUAGGAAAUCAACGCCAGCGUGGGAAGAAAAAAUAUCUACGCUAUUACCAACGCCCACAGCGCUUAUAUUUCGGAGAGCAGUACAGAGUGAACGACGUGACUUGCGGCUAUGGUUUCACGGUUUUCUCCGUCAAGAGCUCGGACAGACAUAAAGUGUUCGGAACAGGCCUUAACGCGGACUCGCAAAUUGGAUACCACGCCCCGCGGAAGGACAAUCCUCUCGGCAUGAUCGUUUACCCGGCGCCCAUAGAGUUGCCGUUUCGACACCCGUCCACGGCAGAGGUUCUGCAAGUAUCUGCAGGGCGGGCCCACCUGCUCAUUUUGACAAACGAAGGAGUGUUCACGCUGGGCAACAAUGCCUACGGGCAGUGUGGCCGGAGAAUAGUGCAAGACGAAGAUUAUUCUGGCAGCCACAUGGUCCACCGUGUUUCAGACGUGGACGGUUCGCCCGUCAAGCAGGUGGCUUGCGGACAGGACCACAGCAUGUUUGUGAGCGAGAGUGGCCAGGUGUACAGUUGCGGGUGGGGAGCAGAUGGUCAAACUGGGCUUGGAUGCUACAACAACGAAUGGAAACCGAGCAGGGUGAGCGGCGACAUUCAAGGCGAGAAAGUGGUCAAACUGUCGUGCGCCUCCGACUGUGUGCUGGCCCUGAGCGAUCAGGGAGUCGUGUUCGGCUGGGGGAACUCGGAGUACGGCCAGCUCGACCACAGCCAGACGCAGGUGAACGUGCCACGCGAGGUGCUGCACUGCCGCGGCUUGGGUAGAAUAGUGGACGUGGCAAGCGGUGGCACCAGCUGUAUGGUUCUCAACGAAGACGGGAAAGUGUUUGUGUGGGGUUACGGCAUCCUGGGGAAAGGCCCCAACGUCGAUCGUUUACUGCAGCUGUCGGAGAUUCCUCCCACCCUUUUCGGUUGGAACGAGUUCCAGCCCAAUUCCAAAGUGAUCUCCGUAAAUGCCGGCAUUUCCCACCAGGCUGCCGUAACUAAUUGUGGAGACUUAUUCAUGUGGGGUCUUAAUCGUGGUGGAUGUUUGGGGCUUGGUCACGUCAAAAACCAGUUUUUCCCACUUAGAGUUUCUGUCAGCGCCUCCGUCAUCAAAGUCAGUUUGGGUGUGGAUCAUACUAUGGCAUUGUGCAAGUCAUUUGUGUGAUGUUGGUAAUGUUAUCAUUGCUAUAGGCAUAUACAGACAGAAAUUGACUAUGUACACUUCUAGCACCUGUUAUACCAAAAUGAUCCAGCAUAGUGUUACCAGCAAAUAAAAUGUAUUAGAUGUUAGUUCUUUCCAAUUUGUGAUAUUAAUUUAUAUUCUAGGUGAAGCAAGAACUGUUCUAACAAUAUUUUGUUGUCUGUCAAUUUAGUGAAUGGUGGCCAGGAAUUGUCUCUACUUUAAUUUACCCUCCGCCAAACUUUUCCACAUCCAUUACAUCAAAGUUAUUCCUCUACCCAAAUGUUUUUACUGACGUAACACCCCAGGUUAUAUCUCUCCCCACUGUUGAAAUAAAGGAAUUUAUGAUUUAUUAUGAUUUUAUUAGUAAAGAUGAGAAAUGUUUAGGUUUUCUGGUAUGAUUGAAAUAAAAGCUGUUAAUUCUUUUUGAGUAAUAAUCAUGUGCGCCACAUAUUUUAUGAUCAUAAUUCACAUUAUUUCAUGCUUUUUAAGUGUUUCUGAUGAUUUGCUUGCUUAUGCUUAACCAUGUAAAGUUAUUUUUGCACAUUUGUUUAUUCAUGUAGUUACAUUUUUGUGUGUGUUUACAUAAUUUUCUCUUGUAAUUAUUUGCUGUGGUUCUUUGUUUGAAAACUGGACUGAUGCAAUAGUUUGCCAGUAUUGGAGAGUAACAGAGUUCUACGGUAAGCUUGGGAGAAGACUUCUUUAGAUUAAGUCGAAGUGCUGUGAUUGGCUGGUAUUUCUCUGUGCAUUUGGUCAGAAACUGUGUCACGAGCCCCCUUUUUUCUCUUGGAAGAGAAAGAGUGGUCAUGGCAUGGGUUAGUGUCUGUGAGAGGUACCAAGAAGUGACUCAGAAUUAACAUAUUAAUGUAGGUGCAGACAUUUUGUGGCUGUAGUGCGAACUUAAAACCUUUUUGAAUAUUUUGAAUUAGAAUUCAAAAUAUCUGUAAUGGCUGAAAACACUGAUGAGUAACUUGAGUCAUUGUUGCUGAGGAUAUAGUCCUUUGGAUUAUACCAUGGUUGCUGGAAUUUUCUCGCAAACAGUAUGUCAUUUUUCCACAUUCUGAACCUACCAACAUUCAGUAAAUCUGUUUUUGAGUCAGUAAAGGGUUUUUUUUUUUUUUUGCGAAAGUUCAUAUCUUCAACAUGUAUUUGUUUUCAUGGGCUGAAGAUGGUGGCCAUGGUGACCUGAUAAUUGUCAUGAAGUAUAAAUUAAAAAAAAAACAGUUAAAAUCAGUUUGUGUCCGAUAGAUUAUUUCAGUAAUCAAUCCACGAGUGACAGUUAUUUUGGAAAUUAAUCAUUAUUUCAGCUCCCAUAAAAUUUAUUUUAAGUGUUCAUUCAUGUGCACCCUAGACCAAAGUUGAGCUAGCCAAAGGUCGGGAUUGUUACGUCUAGUUCCCUCUACUCACGUUUUCCUUCUGGUCCUGUGAACUUUCCCGGAGUUAACCUUAUGGCUCUGCAAAAUUUCCGAGAGUUUCUCUUCUAGCUCUGUGAACUUUCCCUGAGUUUUCCUUUGUGCAGCUAUGCCGUCCCCUCUCCUCUUUAUCCUCUUUGUGCUUCCCCCACCACUGAUUACCGGAUACAGUUCUUUCAAAACAUCCUCCCCUCUCCUCCUAACCCUUCCCCCUCCCCACCAAAAGACUUGUUUUCGAUUCCUGACUAGAUCUAACCCAGAUUUUUCGCAAGUGAGAAACAUGGCUGUCAUCAUCAUGAGACGGGCGGGUUGUCUCCGGUUACUGCUGUCUCGCCUCACCCUCGGUUGUAUCCAAUGAACCUGGUGUGGUAAAUAGGUGAAUCCAUAUUUUAUUCCUUAAUUUAUUCUUGCUCCUGGUUCAGUUUCUGAACAUCUGCGUGGAGACCCUUGUAUACUAUGAAAUGUCAGUUGUGCUGUGCUAUAGCAGUACUGAGUACAAACAUCACUGAGUGAUGUUUGACAGCAUUGUUCACUAUAGUACAAUUUAUUUGAGUGAAUUAUAAAUUUAAAAAAAAUACUCACAUUUCAAUGAACAAAGUUCUUAUCAAACAAACAUAUGACAGUUGAGAAAGUCUCAGUCUUGUGUUAACUCAUGAAUAUUGUGGAGUCAUUGACUUGUUCCUAGAUUUGAACUAACGUAAUGUUUCUAGACUUUGCCAACCGUGACAAAAAUAAAUAUAAAAAGUGAA